UAAAAUAAGGAUUUGAAAGAGAAUGUAGUCCUCAACAGAGGUAUUAUUAGCCUUAAAGUCUUAUUAAAGAUUUUAGGUCUUAUUGUAUUCAACUUAGGAUAAGUUUAUUCUCAGAUCCAACCCCAUAAUUCAGAUUUUAUCACGUCAACUUUUCAUUAACUUAAAUUUCUUCUUCUUAUUAUUAUUAUUAUUAUUUAGACUCAUACAAGACUUUCUCCACUUUAACACAUUAUUUCAAUACUCUCGCUCCUAAAAAUAUUAACAUUCAUUUAUUUAUAUAUCUAUCUGGCUAACAAAAAAUUAAAAAAUAAAAAAAAUCUAAAUGUCUUUUUUGUCGAUUUGUAGAGUCAAUUUAUAUGCUAUAGUCUUACACCACAUUAUUCUAAAAAGCAUAUAGUUUUGUAUGUGAGUAUGGGUCAAGACUCACCCAUAAACUCACGCUUGUUAAGCGAGGACUAGAUUUGACAAAACUGACUCAACCCGAAUCUAAGACAUUUAACGACUCCCAUUAUUCUCCCUCUUCGUUCCACCCUCAUUCAACCCUCCUUGAGGGUUUAAGUCCAAAAACCCUUUCUCCUUCUCCUUCUCCUUCUCCUUCUCCUUCUACACUCCAGUAGCAAAACCAACCCUUGAAUACACAAUUUACAGGCUUUCAGACUGACAAAAUGUCUUCAAAAUCAAAGAAAAAAUCAUCAAAAACUCCAUUAUCAAAGCUUCAAUCAUCACUUCAAGAAAACCCACCUUCUUCACCUUCUUCUCAUUCUUCUUCUUCCUUUUUCUCUGAAAUUGACCUCCAAAAUACCCUCCAAGAAGCUUCCAGAAAGUUCCCUUCUUUCAUCACUCAAUCUUCUCUUAUUGCCCAAUUAUCUGAGUUCGAUUCCUCCCCCAACCAAAAGGGUUGCAAAAUUUGGCUUUCUGAAUCUUCUAUGCUUGCUUCUUCCAUCUCCCCUGCCUCCCUUGUUUCGGUAUCACUCGCUUCGAUAGAUGGAUAUUCAAACAGUAGUUUUCCUUUGAGUUCAUUGUCUGCAGAAUGCAGUGAACAAUUUGGACUUGAUUGGGAUGGGAAGUUGGAUAACAAAGCAGGAAACUAUUUUGCCCUUGCAACAGCAUUUCCUUCUAGUAAGCUUUCAAAGAAUGGAGUUAAAAUCUCUUCUAAUCUAAAUUAUACAUUGGGUUGUCCUUCUGUUGGGAGAGUUUUGUUUGUGCAACCUAUUCAGGGUGGAUCAUUGACUUCGCAUAUACAAAGCAAUGGAAAGCUUCACAGCUCUUCUGUGGAGCAUUCUUCAGUAUAUUACUGCAGAGAACUAUCAUUAAGACUGCUGCCAUUCAAAAAUGCUUCAGCAAAGAGUAUGGAUGCAUCUUCCCCGUCUAGAAAUUCUAUAGGCAAAACUACGAAACAGUAUGAAAAUGUCGACCCUUCUUCCCCUCGGACACCCUCACUUGAGCGCUCAAGGCCGUGCUCUCCAAGUCCUAGCAAGAGUUCACUGACAUCUGAAGAUUUAAUCUCUCAUUUAAAUGGCAUAAAGGUAUCUUAUUUUGACGCAAUUGAGAUGCAAGAAAUCCUAGAAGAUAAAGAUGCAAACAAACUUCUGCAGCGUACAGCUGUUUCAUGGUUAUGUUCUCGUGCUUUACUCUGUGGAAAUCUCGUGACAGUCCCAGUGCUCUCUAGACUUUGCCUUUUCGAAGUGGUUGGUUUAAAAAGUUUGUCAUCUGAUAGUACUUCCAGAAAUCCUAUCCAAACUCCUCUACUUCAUUGUGAUAUAGAGGCAUUCAUCAUAGAUCGUGCAACAAAAAUAAAAAUUGGUUCACAGUCAACAGUAUCAUCAGAGACUCCAGAGAAAAUAACCUCAAGUCCUGGUAAAAUGGAAUCUAAGGAAGUCAGUGUAAAAAUGGGAGUUGGAAGUACAAUGUUGGGCGGACUAUGGAAGGAAUACACGCUUUUGCGAGAAAUCAUCUCUUCAUCAGUGAAGAAUUCCUUGUCAAGUCUGGGGUUACGAACAACAAAAGGAGUGCUGCUUCAUGGGCCAACUGGCACUGGGAAGACGUCCUUGGCUCAACUAUGUGCUCAUGAUGCUGGGGUUAACUUCUUUAAAGUGAAUGGACCUGAAAUUGUCAGCCAAUAUCACGGGGAAAGUGAACAGGGACUCCAUGAUGUCUUCAAGUCAGCUAGUGAAGCUGCCCCCUCUGUGGUUUUUAUUGAUGAGCUGGAUGCUAUUGCGCCAGCCAGAAAAGAAGGUGGUGAAGAGCUAUCGCAAAGGUUGGUUGCAACUUUGCUGAAUUUGAUGGAUGGGAUAAGCAUAACAAAUGGUCUUCUUGUAGUUGCUGCCACCAAUAGGCUCGAGUGUAUUGAGCCUGCACUUAGACGGCCUGGAAGACUAGAUAGAGAAAUUGAAAUAGGUGUACCAUCUCCUGAUCAACGACUUGAUAUAUUGAAUACUCUUCUUGAUAGAAUGGAACAUUCUCUUUCAUUUACUCAAAUCCAGCAGCUUGCUGUGGCAACACACGGUUUUGUCGGAGCAGAUCUGGCUUCCCUUUCUAAUGAGGCAGCUAUGGUCUGCUUAAGGCGUUGUAUUCAGUCAAAUAACUCUAUAGAUGAUUUAUAUUCUAAAAGCUCUACUCAUGAUGGUUCUGGUGUGAUGUCGGGAGAUUGUUAUGCAAGAGAUGCCAGGGAAAUAUAUGUAGAUGAUCUUGAGGCUUCUUCAUGUUCAAAAGAUUUGCAAUUGACUGAGUCUAUUACUUCUGUGCCAUUUCCUAAAUCCGAGGAAACAGUGGUUACACAUAACAGGGAGGAAGUGAUUUUAGAUAGUUAUGGGUGUUCUUCCUCCACAGAAUAUAUGUUGAAGAUAACCUUUGAAGAUUUUGAGAGGGCCAGAAUGAAAAUACGUCCGAGUGCUAUGCGUGAGAUAAUUCUUGAGAUUCCUAAGGUUAAAUGGGAAGAUGUUGGUGGACAGGAGGAAGUGAAGGCACAGUUGAUGGAAGCUGUUGAGUGGCCUCAAAAGCACCAAGAUGCUUUUGAGCGAAUUGGGACCCGCCCACCAACAGGAGUGUUGAUGUUUGGUCCCCCAGGGUGCAGCAAAACUCUGAUGGCCCGUGCUGUAGCUUCUGAGGCCGGACUGAAUUUUCUGGCUGUUAAGGGUCCAGAGCUGUUCAGCAAGUGGGUUGGUGAAUCUGAGAAGGCUGUAAGAACUCUAUUUGCUAAAGCAAGAGCUAACGCCCCAUCAAUAAUAUUUUUUGAUGAAAUAGACAGUCUUGCUGUCAUCCGUGGAAAGGAAAGUGAUGGUGUUUCAGUUGCAGAUAGGGUCAUGAGUCAGCUUUUGGUUGAAUUGGAUGGUCUGCAUGGAAGAGUUAAUGUUACUGUUAUUGCUGCAACAAAUCGUCCUGACAAGAUUGAUCCUGCCCUUCUUAGACCAGGGCGGUUUGAUCGACUGUUAUAUGUUGGACCCCCUUGUGAAGCAGAUCGUGUUGAUGUAUUCCAUGUUCAUUUGCGUAAAAUGCCUUGCAGUUCUGAUGUUGACAUUAGAGAGUUGGCUCGUUUCACUGAAGGCUGUACUGGUGCUGAUAUAUCAUUGAUUUGCAGGGAAGCCGCAAUGUCAGCAAUUGAAGAGAACUUAAAUUCUUCAGAGAUAAAGAUGGAACAUUUAAAGAAUGCAAUUCUCCGUGUACACCCAUCAGAGGUUCAACCUUAUCAAGAAUUGUCUGACAAGUUCCAGCGGAGCGUAUAUUCAAAGUCUCAAUCAGAUGACUUAACAUAUCAACAUCAGCUGAAUGGACAAGUCGAAUCAUCAUCCUGCAGGAACCCAUUGAAGUGGAUUCAGCAGCUUGCUCUUUGGCUCCCAGCUGCCCUUUCACGGCGAAACAUCUCUUCAACCAGGUAACUAUUGCAAAUAUGUCACAGUCGCCGCAGAUUCAUUUCUCCAUACACAUAACUUGGAUCAGACUCUCAGGGAACUUCUGUACCAUCUUCUUUUGUUAUGCACGUAUGCAUGCAUGCAUGCGCGCAAAAUUAACCUCUGAAGUACAUACACACUCACAAAGGAACAUAGAUUAUCCAUUACUCGAUAGAGACCUUAUCGAAGAUUAUCCAUUACCAUGAUAGAAGCCCAUGACCUGUUCCGGGCAGACACCCAAUCAAAGCAAUACUAGAAUGUCUGAUACUAAAUCUGUGACACAUUCUUAAGAUAAGGAAUCCCCAGAUUUUGGACAAGCAAAUUAGGUGGGGUUAUUAUACAAUUAAAUUAAUAAAUAUAUAUUGGUUUAUUUAGGCACAUUUUGCUCUGCCUCAAUUUUGGUAUAAGAUUUAGAAGUAUGUGGGUGAUUGGUGUUGGUAAUAUAUGAAAAAUGUGUUUGUAUUAUUUUGGUUGCGCAAAGAUUGUUGUCACUGUCCCAUAGCUGUGGGAGGGAUGGUCUAUUUAUAUUUGUAGGUUCUUUAUUGUCAAUAUUCGAUUUUUGGAAUUUUUUUUCUUUUUUGUUUGAUAUCUUUUUUAUUAGCCUCAUAAUUAUUCUUUUUA